GCCCAGUUCACGUCCGUCUCCUCCCCCGUGCGGUGUAUUAUGGGAGGCGGGAUUUGAACAGUCGCGGGUAGCGUGUGGUGGCGGGAUUUCCUUCUGGUCCUCCUUAGCAUGGCGUGUGUGGACUCUGGACCAUGGAGUUUUUCCGCUUCUUCGCCGGACCCAGACAAUACCGAGGGACAGGAGAGAUAUGUAAAUCAACCCACAGAGGAAGCAAAGAAUAAGGACCUGGAGAUCUCCAAUAAAUACGAAAGAUAUGUAAGAAAGGCCAAAGAAGAAGCAAAGAAUGGUAACUUCGUGAAAUCAAUUGAAUACUUCCGACAUGCAGACAGUCUGCAUCCCAGUGAGAAGUUGAGGGGCAGGAUCGCAAAGCUCGAAGAGGCUCAACAGCUUAAAUUAGAAAAUGAGAAAGAUGAUGAGUUUGUGGACGUGCUCGGCAGUGGUUUGAUGCUAUACAAGGAGCUAUAUAAGAAAAUCUUUGAACAUCAGAAAGAAGGUGUAGCCUUUUUGUACAGUUUGUAUAGAGAUGGAAGAAAAGGCGGUAUAUUGGCCGAUGAUAUGGGCCUUGGAAAAACGAUACAGGUUAUUGCUUUCCUCUCUGGUAUGUUUGAUGCAGAAUUGGCCAGGUCCGUACUUUUGAUUAUGCCAACAACCCUAAUCAGCAACUGGGUUAGAGAGUUUGAAAAGUGGACCCCGGGAAUGAGGGUAAAUGAGUUUCACGGUACAAGUAAAAAAGAACGGGCCAGAAACCUUGAGAAGAUUCAGAGGAAGGGAGGUAUUUUGAUAACUACAUACCAGAUGCUAAUCAACAACUGGCAACAACUGUCUACUUACAUUGCAAGAGAGUUUGUCUGGGAUUAUGUUGUUUUAGAUGAGGCUCACAAAAUUAAGACCUCGUCAACAAAGACUGCAAAGGCUUGCGCUGCUUUGCCUGCUAAAAAUCGCGUUCUCCUGACAGGAACACCAGUCCAAAAUAAUUUAAAAGAACUAUGGGCUUUGUUUGACUUUGCUUGUCAAGGGACAUUACUUGGGACUGCAAAGACAUUCAAAAUGGAGUAUGACAAUCCAAUCACCAGGGCUAGAGAGAGAGAUUCUACGCCAGGAGAAAAAGCUCUUGGACUAAAAAUUUCAGAAAACCUCAUGAAUAUCAUCAAGCCUUUCUUUCUUAGAAGAACUAAAAGUGAUGUGCAGAACAAAAAAGUUUCGAAACAGCUUUCAGUCUCUCGGUCAGAUAUUAAAGCACCUGAGAUGCCUUCUCUCACCCGGAAGAAUGACUUGAUAAUCUGGGUGUAUCUAUCGGCCAUUCAGGAAGAAGUUUAUAGAAAGUUCAUAUCCCUGGACCAAAUUAAGGAAUUAUUGAUGACUACAAGGUCACCUUUGGCAGAGCUUACUAUUCUUAAAAAACUGUGUGACCACCCCAGGCUUUUGUCGGCAAGGGCAUGUAGUCAGCUUGGCCUGGAGGGCGAUGGUUCAGAAGAUGAGCCUGAACCAGUAACUAAAUUUGAUCAUAUUUCUGAUCAGGCUCUGAUUGAAGAGUCUGGAAAACUCUUUCUGCUUAUUGAGCUUCUUAAUAAACUCCGAGAAGAAGACCACAGAACUCUUGUUUUUUCCCAGUCAAGAAAAAUGCUUGACAUGGUUGCUCGUAUUUUGACAAACACAGGAUUUAAGAUAAUGCGCAUCGAUGGUACCGUUUCCCUUAUGGACCGGGAGAAAAGAAUAAGUUUGUUCCAAACCAAUAGAAAUUACUCUGUACUAUUGUUAACCACCCAGGUUGGCGGCGUCGGAUUAACUUUAACCGCAGCAGACCGUGUUGUGAUUUUUGACCCAAGCUGGAAUCCAGCAACUGAUGCUCAAGCUGUCGAUCGAGCUUAUCGAAUAGGACAGCAAGAAAACGUCGUCAUUUACAGGCUCAUAACCUGCGGGACAGUGGAAGAAAAGAUCUACAGAAGGCAAAUCUUUAAAGAUUCUUUAAUCAGGCAAACGACGGGGGACAAAAAAAAUCCUCACCGCUAUUUUUCAAAGCAAGAGUUAAAGGAGCUGUUUACUUUAGAGGAUACGCAUACAUCUACAACCCAGAUCCAGCUGCAAAAUAUGCACUCUUCUCAAAGGAAAACUGACACCAAUCUGGAUGAGCACAUAGCUUAUUUGCAUACUUUGCCUAUCUUUGGAAUUUCUGACCACGACCUCAUCUAUGCACAAGAGUCGUCCAACCAAGAGGACGAUGAAUGCGAGAAUGAGCAAGAAGCACAUUACAUUAAAGAGCGGGUGCAAAAAGCUCAUGAACUUGUACAAAUGGAAUCUCAGAUGAACGAGCAACUCAUGGAACAGGGAACUGAAGGAGCUUGGCCGCGGCAUAUACCUCCCCCAGAAAUACCCAAACCAAGAAGUCUACCCAAUCCAAAACCAGUAAAGCCUCUCCCUCCUCCCGUCAUUGUGGAUCUAGAAGAACAAGACAUUGCUGAUAUCAGCUGUCAUAUGGACAGUUUGUUAAUUGAAAAUUCUAGCGGAGAUGCAGAAAAUUGUUCAUUGCCAGAUCAAGUAAAUCAGGAAGUCACUAAUCUAGUAAGUGACUAUAGUGCGGAAAACUCGCCAGCUCUUUCCACAAAAAACAAAAGGACAAAAGAUGUAGACUGUCUGAUGUCCAGCUUUAUCGUUUUAUCUUCAGAUGAAGAAGAGCUGCCUCCAGCUCCAUUUAAAUGUGAGCCCCCAAGUAACAUAAGUUUUCAAAGACCUGUAAUGACUGAUGACCCUAUAGAACAUGUAAUAACUGAUGAAGAAAAGGAAAUAAAUCCCUCCGUUUUACAACGUGAUCUUCCUCUGUGGGAUGCCUAUAGUGCUACGUCGGAUGGAGACAACAUUAUGGGGGAUCCAACUUCAAAAGUUUCCGAAGAAAAAUUGUCUCUGUUGGGGUCUCCAGUGGCUAACCCUUUAAACGACUUAUUGGAACAGUCUGAUAUAGAACAUGGAAACUUAAGUGUUAAAGGAAAACGGCAGUCAAUAUGCGACUUCAAUCUUGUACUUGAAGAUUCAAUGGAUCAAGGUGGACAUGAUGAUAGCAUGGGUGAACUGGGAAGUGUUAUGGAGACCUCUGUGGCUCAAGAGAACAUCCCCAUGCUUUUAUUGGACGAUUCCCUUGAGAAUAUGAGUCAGGAAGAUGCUGAAAGUGAAGGAAAACCUGUAAGUGAAGAAAUAGAAAAUCCAAUGCCCAACCUUGGAGACAGUCCUGAAAUAGGCCAGAAAUGUAAACGUAACACAAAUGAUGCAAACUCCCAUCAAAAGGAUGUUCAGCUAAAUGCCAUGGAUACCGAGGAGGAGGAGGAGGAGAUAUUUCAUACUGGUCGCCGCCGAAAAGUUGUAAGAAGAAUAUGCUCUGAAAGUGAGGAGGAAACUUCUGGGUUCCUUGCUGAGGAAAAUGAGGGGGUGUAUUCACCUUUUAAAAGCCCUUCAGCCAAAGGGCUAAGUGCUUCAACCCCAAAGUUUGACAGAUCCAUUUCUUCCAAACUGAUCUCUCCCACCAGAACCCCCAUGAGACGCAGGUCCAUUGCUUCUAGGAGAUCUCUUAUUGACAUAGCUGUAGAGGAAGCAACAGACAUAGAAGAAAGCAUUGUUGAUUCUAGCAAAGAAAGUAGUGAAGAGGGGGAGGAAGAAAUUGUUGAAGAUGAAGCUGAAGAAGCCAAAGAAGAGCAGGAUGUAUCUACAGAACAGCAUGUAUCUACAGAAGAAGAACCUGCAGGAGAGACACUACCUGAAGACGAAAGCGUAGUAACAGACAUAGAAGAAAGCAUUGUUGAUUCUAGCAAAGAAAGUAGUGAAGAGGGGGAGGAAGAAAUUGUUGAAGCUGAAGAAGCCAAAGAAGAGCAGCAUGUAUCUACAGAAGAACCUGCAGGAGAGACACUACCUGAAGACGAAAGCGUAUUGACAUCAAGUGAAGAGUAUGAAUCCGAUAGCUUUGUUCCAACCUCUGCGACUGAAGAAGAAUCCGUAGAGGAGUCUACUGGUGAAGUGGAACUCCUUACCGAUGAACAAGUUGACAGUCUGGCUCAAGAUACUGAAGUGAUUCAAGCAAACCAGCCAUGCAUUAAAGAUGACUUUACCAGCCUGGUACAACGUGGCAAAAUACUUAAAGAUAGUGGCAAUGUGAAGGAAGCUCUAGACUGUUUUUUGAAAGCACUUGACAUUAAAUCAGAUGACCCUGAAGUUAUGAUGCUUACUUUGAAUCUUUACAGGCAGAUAAAGUAACUAUUUAACAAUGGGAGACAGCCAGAUGUCCCAAAUUGAGCUCCAUUCCAGAGGCCAAUGGAAACUACAGUUUCUUAGAUCUUUGCCGUUUGUAUCAGUAUCCAAAUAAUAUUUGGUGAUUGUAACCGACUGCACCAGCUCUUGCUAUUUAAAAAAAAAAAAUUGC